CGGCGUGCGUCGUGCACGAUGUAGGAGACCCUGGAAAGGCGGCGUCUGUCAUCGAGCCGCCAUCGCUACACCUACAGGGCGGUAACGUACCUCCUGAAUUCUUCUCCCAAAUGAUCAAGACUUUGGAAUCUAUGAGCGAUAGGCUGUUGCAACAAACCGAAGGAGUUAAAAUCGCUGACGUGUUCCUACCCUCGUAUGACCCGGACGGUAGCAUUGGAGUUCGUGAAUGGUGUAACCAUAUUUCUACAGCUAUGACGAAAUACAAUCUAAGUGAUAACGAUAUACGCAUGAAAGUUGCUAAUUUACUGAAGGGUCGUUCUAAGGCGUGGGCUGAUAACUGGCUCGUCACCACGUCUACAUGGGACGAGUUACGAAAGAAUAUAAUAAUCAGAUUUGAACCCGAAUCUCGUUACUCGCGUGACGUGUUACAAUUUAGGGAACAUAUCUAUGAGCCUACUAGAGAAAUCGAUGAGUAUUUGUUACAAUCAUGGAUUUUGUGGAGACGAAUAACUAGAGAUAAGCUCGAUGAUAGCGACGCGGUGGAAGCGGUGAUAGGUACGAUCAGUGACAAACGCCUAAGAAUUGAGCUUAUGAAUGCCGGAGCCACCUCUGUACCCGAGUUAAUUUAUUUUGCCUCAUGUAGACUCGUUAAGCCUGAAAAUCAACAUAGCACUAACCAUCCGCCACCAAAACUAGGAAUGUCAAGAAUGUCAGCUGUAUCAGCAGAAGACAAAUUAAGAUUUGAUAGAAGCAGAACUAAAAUUGUUCCUUUUCAAAGGGGAGAUUUAGUCAUGAUAAAAAGGAACCCCAGAAACCAAACAUCCCUUGAUCUCAAAUUACGCGUUCCUUAUGAAGUUUACAGAGUCCUCGACGAAUAUUGCUAUCUUAUUAAGAAAGCGGAUGGGCACCGGGGACGACCUCGCAAGGUUUUACACGACCAACUCCGGCGCGCUACCAGAUGGCGUGAGCCGGGAUCUUCCAGUAAGGCAGUGCCGUGCUCACCUGUCACGCGCACGUAGUU